AGUGCCUGAAACAGGAAGUCGCUCAGUGAGCUGGUGGCAGCAGCUGGGGCGACCGAGAGAGGAGCGACGGCGGGUCACGGUGCAGGGCCCUCAGCUCCCCUUGGCUCUGUGGGUCCUGUGGGGUGGCCGCCUGCGUGGCCCGGGAGGCCCACGCCACCAUGGUCCCCUGCUGGAACCAUGGCAACAUCACCCGCUCCAAGGCCGAGGAGCUGCUUUCCAGGACGGGCAAGGACGGGAGCUUCCUCGUGCGUGCCAGCGAGUCCAUCUCCCGGGCAUACGCGCUCUGCGUGCUGUAUCGGAAUUGUGUUUACACUUACAGGAUUCUGCCCAAUGAGGAUGAUAAAUUCACCGUUCAGGCGUCCGAAGGCGUCCCCAUGAGAUUCUUCACCAAGCUGGACCAGCUCAUCGAGUUUUACAAGAAGGAGAACAUGGGCCUGGUGACCCACCUGCAGUACCCUGUGCCGCUGGAAGAGGAGGACGCGUGCGAUGAGCCAGAGGAGGAGACAGAAGGUGUCCUAUCUCCGCCCGAGCUGCCACCCAGAAACAUCCCCUUAUCCGCCUCGCCCUGUGAGACCAAGGAGGCCCCUCUCCCAAGCGAGAAUCUUCGAGCCGCCGAGGUCAGCCGGCCGAGUCUCUCGGAGACCUUGUUUCAGCGACUGCAGAGCAUGGACACCAGCGGGCUUCCAGAAGAGCACCUGAAAGCCAUCCAGGAUUAUGUAAGCACCCAGCUCACCCUGGACUCUGAUUUUGCCAAGUCGGGCUCCUCCAGUCUCCCUCACCUGAAGAAACUGACCGCGCUCCUUUGCAAGGAACUCUAUGGCGAAGUCAACCGGACCCUUCCUUCCCUGGAGUCUCUGCAGAGGCUGUUUGACCAGCAGCUCUCCCCGGGCCUGCGUCCGCGUCCUCAGGUGCCUGGCGAGGCCAAUCCGAUCAACACGGUGGCCAAGCUCAGCCAACUGACGAGCCUCCUGUCCUCUAUCGAAGAUAAGGUCAAGGCCUUGCUGCACGAGGGGCCCGAGGCCUCCCACCGGCGUUCCCUCAUCCCGCCCGUCACCUUUGAGGUGAAGUCAGAAUCUCUGGGAAUCCCUCAGAAAUUGCAGCUCAAAGUUGACGUUGAGUCUGGGAAACUGAUAAUUAAGAAGUCCAAGGAUGGCUCUGAGGACAAGUUCUACAGCCACAAGAAAAUCCUGCAGCUCAUCAAGUCUCAGAAGUUUCCCAACAAGUUAGUGAUUUUGGUGGAAACAGAGAAGGAGAAGACGCUGCGGAAGGAAUAUGUGUUUGCGGACUCCAAAAAGAGAGAAGGCUUCUGCCAGCUCCUCCAGCAGAUGAAGAACAAGCACUCGGAGCAGCCGGAGCCCGACAUGAUCACCAUCUUCAUCGGCACCUGGAACAUGGGUAACGCCCCCCCUCCCAAGGAGAUCACGUCCUGGUUUCUCUCCAAGGGGCAGGGAAAGACGCGGGACGACUCCGCCGACUACAUCCCCCAUGACAUCUACGUCAUCGGCACCCAGGAGGACCCCCUGGGGGAGAAGGAGUGGCUGGAGAUCCUCAAACACUCCCUGCAAGACAUCACCAGCAUGACGUUUAAAACAAUCGCCAUCCACACCCUCUGGAACAUCCGCAUCGUGGUGCUGGCCAAGCCGGAGCACGAGAACCGCAUCAGCCACAUCUGCACCGACAACGUGAAGACAGGCAUCGCCAACACGCUGGGGAACAAGGGCGCUGUCGGGGUGUCAUUCAUGUUCAACGGCACCUCCUUGGGGUUCGUUAACAGCCACCUGACUUCCGGAAGUGAGAAGAAACUCAGGCGAAACCAGAACUAUAUGAACAUUCUGCGGUUUCUGGCUCUGGGAGACAAGAAGCUCAGUUCUUUCAACAUCACUCACCGCUUCACCCACCUCUUCUGGCUCGGGGAUCUCAACUACCGCGUGGAGCUGCCCACCUGGGAGGCAGAAACCAUUAUCCAGAAGAUCAAGCAGCAGCAGUACGCAGACCUCCUGUCCCACGACCAGCUGCUCAUGGAGCGGAAGGAGCAGAAGGUGUUCCUGCACUUUGAGGAGGAAGAAAUCACCUUUGCGCCCACCUACCGUUUUGAGAGGAUGACUCGGGAUAAAUACGCCUACACUAAGCAGAAAGCCACAGGGAUGAAGUACAACUUGCCCUCCUGGUGUGACCGAGUCCUCUGGAAGUCUUACCCCCUGGUGCACGUGGUGUGUCAGUCCUACGGCAGCACCAGCGAUAUUAUGACAAGUGACCACAGCCCUGUGUUUGCCACCUUUGAGGCAGGAGUCACCUCCCAGUUUGUCUCCAAGAACGGCCCUGGGACAGUCGACAGCCAGGGACAGAUCGAAUUUCUCAGGUGCUACGCCACCCUGAAGACCAAGUCCCAGACCAAAUUCUACCUGGAGUUCCACUCGAGCUGCUUGGAGAGUUUCGUCAAGAGUCAGGAAGGAGAAAACGAAGAAGGAAGCGAAGGGGAGUUGGUGGUGAAGUUUGGCGAGACCCUUCCCAAGCUGAAGCCCAUCAUCUCGGACCCCGAGUACCUGCUGGACCAGCACAUCCUGAUCAGCAUUAAGUCCUCUGACAGUGACGAAUCCUACGGCGAGGGCUGCAUCGCUCUACGAUUGGAGGCCACGGAAACUCAGCUCCCCAUCUACACACCUCUCACCCACCACGGAGAGAUGAUGGGCCACUUCCGGGGGGAGAUCAAGCUGCAGACCUCGCAGGGCAAGACGAGGGAGAAGCUCUACGACUUUGUGAAGACGGAGCGGGAUGAGUCCACUGGGCCCAAGUCCCUGAAGAGCUUCACCAGCCACGACCCCAUGAAGCAGUGGGAACCUACCAACAGGGUCCCUCCGUGUGGUGGCUCCAGCAUCACUGAGAUCAUCAACCCCAACUACAUGGGGAUGGGGCCCUUCGGGCACAUGAAGCAGACUCUGUCCCCCGACCAGCAGCCCACGGCCUGGAGCUAUGACCAGCCCCUCAAGGACCCCUCCUUGGGGGCAGGAAGGGGAGACAGCCCUCCAACCCCACCCUCCCAGCCACCUGUAUCACCCAAGAAGUUUUCAGCAUCCACAGCAAGCCGAGGCCCCGGGCCCAGGACACAGGAGUCAAGGCCCGGCGACGCGGGGAAGAGCGCGGGGGACGCCUUGCCUGCGGAGGACCUGCAGAUGACCAAGCCCGAGAUGUUUGAGAACCCGCUGUAUGGGUCUGUGAGUUCCUUCCCUAAGCUGGUUCCCCGGAAGGAGCAGGAAUCGCCCAAGAUGCUGAGGAAGGAGCCCCCGCCCUGCCCGGACCCGGGCAUCCUGUCACCCAACAUCCUGCUCUCCAAAGCCCAAGAGGCGGAGGGCAGCAAGGGCACCGGCAAGCCGGCGCCCGCGCCCGCGCCCCUGCCCUUCCUCAGCCCCACACCCCGCCUCCGCUCCUUCACCUGCUCGUCCUCCGCCGCCACCGCCGAGGGCCGCCCGGCAGGUGGGGACAAGAGCCAAGGCAAGCCCAAGGCCCCGGCCGGCCCCCAGGCCCCGGCCCCGGUGCCCGUGCCGGUGCCGGCCAAGCGGCCCAUCAAGCCUUCCAGGUCGGACCUGAGCCAGCCGCCCCCGCCCACGCCGGCCCAGCGGCCGCCGCUCCCGGUCAAGAGCCCGGCCGUCCUGCACCUGCAGCACUCCAAGGGCCGCGACUACCGCGACAACGCCGAGCUCCCCCACCAUGCCAAGCACCGGCCCGAGGAUGCCCCGGUCAGCAGGGCCGCCAUGCAGUGAAGCCCCGUGAGCUGCCCGUGAGACGGGAGCCCAGAGGAGCAGCAGGACGCUGCUGGGACCCUCUCCCGGAACCUCUGUUCACGCCUCCUACCCAGCUUCCCACCAGGGCUUCGUGUUUUUCAGGAGGGGGCCAGCUUCUGUGGUCGGCGAGGUGCACUGGCUGCGAAACGUGGCCCUCAGUACUGAGGCUGGAAGGGAAACACACCUGACAGCACCAGCACCCCCGCACCCCCGGGCCCCCAGCUUGAUCUUGGUACUUGGGACCCAAGAGCCUCGUUCCGGUCGCCGUUUUGAAGAAAGGAAUUCACGUGCUGAUGCAUGGGUGGAGAUAUGAAUAAUAAUAAUAAUAUUAAUAAUAAUAGCUACCCGUAUGGAGCACUCAGCCCUGCCAGGUACCAUGCUAAGUGCUUUACGGACGUGGUUCGUUGUCUUCCUCAGCCAACUAAAACCACAUUCCCAGACCCCUCAGUUCGAAACAGGAUGUCCUGAGUGGUUUGGACAGAGCAUUAAAAAUGAAGGCCAGCGACGUGAGUGGUUAAUUUAGGGUACAGUGAGCCUGGCCUCGUCUAGCUUCCGUGGUGCAGAGUGCUUUAGCUAAAGCCGCAGGGGUCCGCCAGAGCCGGCGUGGAGCACAGGACUCUCCUACUUCUUGAGUCGGACGGAGAAAGAAAAUCAGCUCCUCCUCUCCGGUGGACAGAUCCAGCUGAGACGGGCGACACACAGGCCCUCCUCCGGGUGGGCAGCCACCUCCAGGCCACGGGCUGAGCUGAUCCUCCAGAGCCUUAUCUCAUCCAGCUGGAAGCGUCUUUGCCUUGUUGUCCCCGAAAGCCAGCUCUCGCCUCCUGCCUGGAUGCCCAGGAGGCCAGGCCUCUCGGUCCCCGGCUCUCAAAGCAACGCAGCCUUUUUUUUUCUGAGCUCUGUGGCUUUUCGGCCCUGCUUCCUCAGUUACUGGGAGGCUAGACUAGUGAUGUCUUUUCUUGUGUGGCUUUUGGAUAUAACAGAAGUAAUGUACGCAGCCCAGUCCAGCCCAUCUCCUGUGUGUGUGACCAGGAGAAGGGGGGACACGGCCCACGUCGCCACAUGCGUCGCUCCGUGUGACCAAUAAAUUGUAUCUUUCUCACUCA